AUGGGCGACACGCAGGUUGACGAUCUUAAAGCACAGGGUAAUUCAGCCCUUCAGUCUGGUGAUGCCAAGAAGGCUGUAGAGCUCUACACCCAGGCCAUCACACUCAAUCCGACUAACCAUGUACUCUACAGUAAUCGCUCGGCAGCGUACGCCAAGAUGGGCGAUUAUGAGAACGCCCUCGUUGAUGGAUGCAAGACUGUGGAGAUCAAACCCGACUGGGCUAAGGGGUAUUCUCGUAAAGGAGCCGCUUUGGCCUUCUUGGAUCGUUACGCAGAAGCUGAAGUGACCUACAAAGAAGGACUGGAUCAUGAUCCUAACAACCAACAGCUGAAAGACGGGCUUGGGGAUUGUCAGAAAAACCUUUCAGGGCCAGCAGGGAGUCAGCCAUUAGGUAACCCCUUCACUGGGCCAGCAGUGGUGCAAAAGUUGGCCAACGACCACCGGACGAGGGAAUUCCUUAAGGAUCCAUCAUACAUGGCCUUGUUGAAGAGGUUACAGACGGACCCCAAUGCUCUGAGCAGUGGGCUCCAUGAUCCCCGCAUCAUGACAACCCUGAGUGUUCUCCUGGGUGUGGAUCUCCACAUGGCUGGUGACGACACGCCGGAACAAGCCAAACAGGCUGGUGCAGAGGCCAAGAAAGCCAGCCAAGCAGCCGCUGCAGAAGCCGCAAAGAAGGCCAAACAACAAGAAGAGGAACCAAUGGAAGUAGAUCCAAAUGUAACUAAGGCAAAUGAGCUGAAGGAAGCCGGGAACGCUGCCUACAAGAAGCGAGAACUGACUGAAGCCAUUGAUUUAUACACACAGGCCAUAGAGCUUGAUCCCAAAAAUAUAGCAUUCCUUACUAAUAGAGCGGCUGCAUACUUUGAGCAGGGGGAUUAUGAAUCCUGCCGUGCAGACUGCAACAAUGCGGUUGACAUCGGCAGAGAAAACCGCUGCGGCUACAAAAUGAUCUCUAAGGCUUUUUGUCGCAUAGCAACAUCGUAUGUCAAGGAGAAGGACUACAAGAAGGCGAUUGAUUUCUUUGACAAAUCUCUGGCAGAGCAUCGGUUACCGGACACCCUCAAGAAAAAGCAAGAGGUAAUAAAACUCAUGAAGGAGGAGGCAAAGUUAGCCUAUGUGGAUCCAGAAAAAUCUGCAGAGGCAAAGGAGGCUGGCAACGCAUGCUUCCAGAAAGGACAAUACGCUGAUGCAGUGAAGCACUACAGCGAAGCAAUCAAGCGUAGCCCAGAUGAUGCCAAACUGUACAGCAAUCGCGCUGCAGCGUACACCAAACUGGCCGAGUUUAAACUUGGUCUCCAAGACUGUGAAACAUGCAUCAAGUUGGACCCAUUGUUCUUGAAAGGUUAUCUGAGAAAAGGACACAUUCUGUAUGGAAUGCACAGAUACAGUGAAGCCAGGGUGGCAUUCCAAAAGGCAUCAGAACUUGAUCCGACCAAUGUGGAGGCAAGGGAGCAGAUGACUAAGUGUAUGAUGGCGGCUCGAUCUAAUAUUAACAAUGACGAUGCCGAGGAAGUUAAACAGAGAGCCAUGGCCGACCCUGAGGUCCAGGGAAUCCUUAAGGAUCCAGCUAUGAGACUUAUACUGGAACAGAUGCAGACCAAUCCUGGAGCGCUACAAGAGCAUAUGAAGAAUCCUCAUAUCAAAGCCAAGCUGGACAUACUUCACCAAGCAGGACUCAUCGCUUACCGCUGAAGACAACGACGAGACAAUGUCAAGAAACUAGCAACCAGUGGUCAUGUUCAACCACACCAACCACCUUAAACCAAAUCAUCAAGUUCAACAAAACUAUCGACACGUCAACCCGACCAUGUGGUGAUAAUUUGAUGAAGAUCCUAUGUGUGUUUACUUGUUGUUGACCAAGACCAUAUAUGUCAAGAAAUCAGCACCCAGUGGUCAUGGUCAAACCAUAGAUAUAGAAUUAAAAUAACUAGAUCGGCCGCGCGUACAUACGCGCCAUUACCUGUGUAGAAAUCAAAAUUUUUCGCCAUGGACGCGGUAAAAAUUUUACGUUCGAAAGGCGACGCGCAAAAAUUAACACGAGAGAUAGGUCUUUGACGCGCUAAAUGUCACGUGCUGACGGCAAAAAGUCAC